AUGUUUGUAGCAAAGUGGGAGCCGGGUAUUGUUCCUACGAAGCCAGAACUGACUACUGCUCCGAUUUGGUUAGAACUGAGAAAUGUCCCUCUUCAAUUCUUCAAUGAAGAGGCUCUAGAACACAUCGCAAGUCAAGUUGGUGACCCAAAAUUCCUCCAUCUGCAGACUGCUAAUAAAACAAACCUGGAAGUGGCAAAGGUCUUCACUAUCAUCGAUCCCAGAGUGCCACUGCCAGAAGCUGUUAACACAAGAUUUGAAUCAGGUGAGAUCAGGCGUAUUCGGGUUUCUAGCCCCUGGAUGCCACUGGUGUGCUCCUUCUGCAAAGAAAUAGGUCACCCCCUAAAGCGCUGCAAGAAGGCACCCAUCACCUGCAAGAUCUGUAAAUCGACGUGCCACCUACAAGCUGAUUGCACUCGUGCAAAAGGUAAGGCAGGUGUGAAACAAACCGGCAAUAAUGGGCUUCAAAAAAACCCUAUUGAUGCUCGGAAAAUUCCUUUGGCUAUAUAUCAAAGCGAGCUAGCCCUCACAUCACAGAAGAAAUCUAAAGCCUCUUUCACAAGAAUGGAACUUGGUGGAACUAGCAAUCCUGCAGGAAUUGGGUUAACUGUCGCCAAUGGUGAUUGUCCCCCUGAUACAGGAAACACUGAAACCUUAUCGACAGAGUCAGACUCUUCGGACAUCGACUCUCCUCACUCGCCUCUCAGGGACGACCCGGGUUCCCAGGAUGUCAUCUCUUCGCGUCAGAAGAAGAAGGAUAGGGGCAGGGGCCCCAAAAUCAAGUAA